AUGGACAUGCAAAUCCAUCUCCGCAGAGAGCCGCCUGUCUAUAUAAACGUAGACGCGGUCUGCGGCCAUGUGCUACUCACCUGCGAAACACAAGUCGACAUAGCCACAGUCACAGUGAAGCUCUCUGGAUCUGCGGUAUCGAGAAUAAAUACCCAGCAACUCACCGAGUCACAUCUGCUCUUUAAAAUAUCCGAACAGCUAUUUCCUCCCGAUGGAUGCGCCGGCGCUUUUACCUCGCGGUCUGUCACUCUCCCUCCAGGAAAGCAUCUCUUUCCAUUCUCAAUCAAGCUCCCCCCAGCAACGCAAUGCUACAAGUCCGCGACACCACCUCAGCUAAGGACACAAGCGCCGCACCUAAUGCGUAAACUACCGCCGUCCACAGGUGACAGCUCGUCCCCAGAGGAAAUCAAGUACGUCCUCGAAGCGACUAUCCGACAGGACGGCGUCAUACGUGCACCUCGCAGAACCGUAAGUAUCCAUCCCAUACUCACACCCGGUUUCUAUCUCCCUGACCACAUCGGCACCCAGGCCAGGGAGAUCUACCUCCGCUGCAGAUCAACGAUUGACCUCCCCCUGCACGGGCAACAUGCUCAAGUACAAAGACAGCGGAUUUCGUACAGCACAGGACACUCGGAGAUCAAGUCGCGCCCUCUCACCUACGAGGUCACGAUAGAGCUGCUGAACGGGCCUUUUCUGUCCCUGGGCCAGCCGAUCCCGCUCGCCGUGCAGGCUCAAGGCAUGGAUGGCAGCACCAGCAGCAACAACAUCGCCCUAUAUGACUUCCAAUCAAUGAUCUUCGAAACGACCGAGGUCCGGGCCCGAGGGGCGGUAGAGCGCCUCACCCGCUCCUGGAUCGUGCAGACCAUGGCCAACCUGCAGCAACUAUUUACAUAUACACCUGGUGACGAGAGAAACCACGGCUCAGUGGACGACAGUCUGUGGAGGCCGUGGUGCGUGCCGCUUUUUCUGACCCCGACGUUUGAGACGUGUAAUGUCAGUCGCGACUACAAACUGGAGAUCCGGCUUGGGAUUGGGCUUGGACGGAAUAAUGUUUGUUUUUGCUUUUCGUUUGCUGUUAACGUGAAUCUCUGA